AUGGCACCACGACCGCCGCGCUCGCCCGCCAGACAGUCGUUCGCGCCGCCCGCCGACGCCGCGACGUUCCGCGACCUGCUCCUGUUCGAAGAGCGGCUCAAGACGAACGCGCUCAUCCUGAACCGCCGCAAGUCCCGCUACCAGCUCUUCCUCGCGCAGCUGCUCGCCAUCAUCGCGUUUCUGCUCUGCGAGGUGCUGCUGCAGACCGACUAUCUCUCAGUCCCGUAUCGAUACGCAUUGCGCGCGACGCUGCCCGAUGUCUACCGCGACGCCGCCGCCGUCCGCAUCCACCCGUUCUUCGCCUCCGGGCUGCUCUUCGUAGCCGUCACCACCCUCGUCCUCUUCUUCGCCAGCGGCACCUACUCGGAGAAGAUCGGCUAUGCCAACCGCUACGUCCCGCACGCCAACAAGGCCCUGCGCUCGUUCAACAUGUACCUCAACGUCCGCCAGCCGCCCCUGCGCGCCACGCUGCCCUUGUACUCCCUCCUCUCGCGGCUGCUCCCGCGCUCGUCCUCCCCGCCUCGUCCACCACAGCCCCGCUCCGCGCGCAGCCGCUCGCCGUCGCCGUCGCCGUCGCCGUCGACUGCGAAACGCUCGCCCUCGCUCAACCCGGCCAUCCCGUCCAUCCCGCCCUCCUCCAACCCGCGCGGCGAGCUCAUCUUCAGCAGCCGCGUCGACCGCCACUUCCGCGAGGGCUACGAGCGCUACCGCAACGCCUUUGAGCGCAGGCGCGGCGAGCGCGAGCGCGCCGCGUGGGAGAGGACGUGGGCGGGGUGGCUGGCCACGCGCGUCGGCGCGGGGAGGGCAAGGGUAGAGGAGGACAAGGGCAAGGCGCCUGCGUCGGGGAGGGCGGCGCCCGGUGGGAGGGUUAGCACCCCGGAGAAGGGCAGGGCUGGGUGA